CAAGGCUCUUCUGUUGACAGGACGAUUCGUGACUGGAAUCGGGAUGGGAUGGGCUUCUGCUGUUGUGUCUGUUUACAUUGCUGAAAUUAGUCCAGUUAAGUUGAGAGGCGUCUUCACUUCCCUUAAUGAGAUAAUGCUCACCAUCGGCAUAAUAUUGAAUUUCGGUGUGGGAUCGAUCGAAGACUUCCCCUAUUUCCAUGUGUCACUUGUGGCAGUUGGAAUAUUGGCGCUGUUUGAGGCGACAAUGGUAUGGUUACCCGACACACCACGCUCGCUGCUCUCCAGGGGACUUGGUGAUGGUGCCGAGAGAGCUCUCCGUCUUCUGAGGGGCAGCAAAUACAACAUUGACGGAGAGUUGACUGAGAUAAGAGUCUCGAUUCUGUCUCGG